AUGGCGCCGACCAGCGCGUUCGCGUACGUCCUGCGGCGGUCGCUGGGCGAGACGGCGCAUGGCGAGUUCAUCCAUACGUGGCAUGCGGAGGCGUCACGAGACCUGCAGCUCAACCAAGCCAAGGUGCUCCACAAGCAGGGCAUGAACAUCUGGCACAUGGACCUCGAAGCGGCCGAGGACCGGUACCUCCUCGUUGGUACGGGCAUGGGCGCGCUGCAUCUCUACGACAUGGCCGCGCUCGACGUGCCAGGCGUCGUCGCUACCGACAUCAAGCCGCUGUGCUCGAUCAAACCGCUACGCGGCAAGCUGCCAGCGCAGCAGCUGCAGGACCGACCGGGCCAUGCGUCAGGCGUCACAAGCGUGAGCUGGUACCCAGUCGACAAUGGCAUGUUUGUCUCGACGUCGCUCGACGCGUGCGUCAAAGUGUGGGACGCCAACGAGCUCGAAGUCGCGUCGUCGUUCAACCUCACCGAUGCGGUGCACAUGGCCGCGUUCUCGCCCUUGCCGGCGACGGCGCACCUCCUCGCCGUGGGCACCGACCGGCCCGAGGUGCGUCUUGCGGACAUUAGCAUCGGCGCCGCCACGCACCGCCUCGUCGGCCAUCGCGCGUCGAUUCGAUCGCUGGCGUGGUCCAACACGAACGAGUUCCAGUUGGCGUCCGGGGCCACCGACGGCUCGAUUCGCGUCUGGGACAUUCGCCGGUCCGGUGCCACCGCGUGCCUCCUGUGCCUCAACCACGACGGUGCGGCCGACGUCCCUCGACGUAUCGAAGUCGCUUCCUCGUCCAAGAAGCGCAAGAUGAGCCAGGACCCGCACAUUGCGGCUGCCGCGUCGUCGGCGCUCGCCCACACCAAAGCAGUGCAGUCGCUAGCGUUCACGCCAGACGGCCGGUUCCUCGUGAGCUCGGGCGCCGACCGCGCCAUGCGGCUCUGGAACGCCGCGUCGGGCACCCACAUGUUUCAUCAUUAUACAGGCAUCAAGUGCCAUGGGGCCCGUCAUGUGACCGUGGCCAUGGCCCAAGAAGCAAGAAGCGACUCGACCAUGCUGUACCAUCCGGUGGGGAGCCACGGCGUCAUCGCCUCGUAUCUCUUGCACAACACCGAGUCGACCGAGCCGAUCGCCAAGUACACGGGGCACUACAGCCGCGUCACGAGCUGCCUGUACCGCGCGUCGACCCGGGAACUGGUGAGUGGCGGCGAAGAUGGUCUAAUUGCGGUUUGGAGUCCACCAGAACGUACUUUGUUUGCGCCGUCAACCGAGAUCGACGAGCAGGCGGCCGCGCCAAACGAAGAUGCGUGGAGCGACGACGACGACGACGCGGCAGCACGGAGCGAUCGUUUUGUGCCUCCGAUUCUGACGCGGUAACAACUCCAAAUCGAGUUCAUCGUAAACGAUCAGUCAUUCUUGUUACCCUAACCUCCGAGGGUCC